AAAAUUCAUUGACCUAAUUUUCAAUUUUCUUGUUAGUUAUUUGGGGUUCUGCAACUCAGUCAAGCAGCCACAAGCCGGCAAUCUGAUGAGAUUAACUGCUCCGACCAAAUUUGCUCAGCCUCAAUCUCCGACGCUGCUCUUCGCCUCUCUCUUUCAACGCUCCACACGGGUGCCUAAUUGGCUAAGUAGGAGGCCUAUUAGGAUGGCUUGGGGUUCGGAGAAAUGUGAUGAGAAGACUGUGGAGCAUUCGGCAACGGGAUUAGUGCGGCCGGCAACUGCAGAUUAUGCAGGAGAGGCGAUUCAAGCGGUCAAAGCCGGAAAAGUAAUCGCUGUGCCAACUGACACCCUCUAUGGCUUUGCUUGUGAUGCUUGCUCAAUGGAAGCUGUGCACAGGAUAUAUGAGAUCAAAGGCCGAAAGCAUACUAGUCCCCUAGCUAUCUGUGUUGGGGAUGUUCAAGAUAUACAACGUUACGCCACUACUCACCAUUUGCCUCUCGGAUUGCUUGAUUCACUGCUUCCUGGACCUGUAACACUGGUAUUAAGACGAGGGGAUUCAAGCAUCCUUGAAAAGUCUUUAAACCCAGGGCUGGACAGCAUAGGUGUGAGAGUGCCCGACUGUGAUUUCAUUCGGCUAAUUGCUCGUGGUUCACAGAGCGCCCUGGCCCUCACUAGUGCUAACCUUAGUGGGCAGCCUAGCAGCGUAGAUGUGAAGGAUUUUGAGAACCUUUGGCAGCAUUGUGCGUGCAUUUACAACGGUGGGCUGCUUCCUUCGGGACGUGCAGGAUCAACAGUCGUCGAUCUUACUAAGCCGGGAGAAUUCAAGAUUCUCAGACCGGGAAGUGCGGAGGAGGAGACAAUUGCAAUCCUUGAGAGAUAUGCUCUGGUAGAAGAAAAUAGUGUCUCGUGACCGCAUUCACAAUUUCCACUUUGGAUGUUUCUCAGUUUGAUUAUACUUGUAUUACUCUUCUCUUCAUGUAUUCUACUAUUGAAAUUUAGUACAGAAUCAAUUCGAUUUCAAUUCAUGCAUAAUAUAUUUAGUAUCGGAUUUGUCGUUGAA